AUGCUGUUGUUGCUGCUGCUGCCGUCCCUGCUCUGGAGUAUGGAGGGGGCUGAGGGCCAUCCAGACUCUUGGUCACUGACUGUGAAGUCCCGAGUGUGUGUAGAGAGGGGUCUGUGCGUCUACGUGCCCUGCAGUUUUUCCUCCAGCAAGGAAAAAUGGAUUGACUCAGAUAUAGCUUAUGGAUUCUGGUUCUGGAAAAAGUCCAGCACCGAGAAGAUUCUAGUGGCCACGAAUCACCCAAGAAGGCCAGUACAGGAUAAAACCCAAGCUGUAUUCCAACUCCUUGGAGACCCCCGGAAGGGCAACUGUUCCCUGAGCAUCACAGGUGCCAAGAUGGGCAAAGAGAGGACUUACUUUUUUCGGUUGGAGAGAGGAGAAACGAACUAUAGCUAUGAAAGGUUCACGCUCUCUGUGCAGGUGACAGACUUGAUUCACAUGCUUAACAUCCACAUUCCGGAGACCCUGAAGCUUGGCCAGACCUACAAUCUGACCUGUGCUGUGCCGUGGCCUUGUGAAGGAGGAACUCCGCCCAGCCUCUCCUGGAAAAGGGUCUCCAUUCUCCCCGGAAGACCCAGCAGCCUCCUGUCCUCAGUGCUCACCCUCACCCCACAGCUCCAGGACCAAGGCACCGAGCUCAUCUGUCAAGUGACCUUCCCCGGCACAGGUGUGACCAAGGAAAAGGCUGUUCGGCUCAACGUGUCCUACUCUCCACGCAAUGUCACCGUACUUGUCUUCCGAGGAAAUGGCACAGAAUCCAACACCAUAGAAAACGGCUCAACACUGCAGGUCCAUGAAGGCCAGUACCUGCGUCUGGUCUGUGUUGCCAGCAGCAACCCACCCUGCAGGCUGAGCUGGGUCUGGAGCGGCCUCACCCUGUGCCCCUCCCAGCCUUCGGAAGCUGGGGUCCUGGUGAUACCUCGAGUACAUGCCCAUAACGAAGGAGAAUUUGCCUGCCAAGCUCAGAACCAUUUGGGAACCGAGCAUGUUUUCCUGAGCCUCGCCCUGCAUCAGGGCGCGCUUUCCAUCAACAGAGUGGCGCUAGGUGCGAUCGGUGGAGCCAGUGUCACAGCCAUGAUCUCGUUCUCCUUCUUCUUCAUCUUCCUCAUAGUGAGGUCCCUCAGGAAGAGAGCGGCGAGACGGGCUGUGGGCACGGAGGACACAGGCCCGGAAUAUGCAGAAGCAGUGCCGGGGUCAGUAUCUCAGGUGAGUGAUGUGAACGGCUUCACUGCCAUCCGGCCUCCCCUGUGUACACCCCUGCAAGCUCCCCGCUGCAAGCCAAGGGAGGAGGAAGACCUCUAUUAUGCGACCAUCUGCUUCAGUGGGAAGGACCUGGAGCACGUGCAGGGACAGGAGGCCAGCAGCAGUGUGUACGCAGAGGUCAAGAGCCGCAAGAGAGAGAAGACGGAGACUCGGCCCUGGCUGGAGUGA